AUGGAUUCUUCUGAUGAAUUUCUCUCAUUUUUAAAUGAUCCUAAUUAUCUUGCAAAUCUUCUUAAAGAAAAAUCAAAUUUAAUAAUAGACGAUUCGAUAUAUUUUCAUAUUGCAAAUUAUUUUCUUGGUCAAAAAAUAUCUGUUGAAGGACUUUCUGUUCAACGAAAUUUAUAUGGUAGACAACGAUCAUCAUUAUUAAAUCAAUGUGAAAUUGAUUUAUUAAUAUUAAAUAUAAAAGAAUGUCUUAAUUCAAAUUCUAAAGAAUUAACUAAAAUAUUUCUUCAAUAUUUACAUAAUAUAAAUCGUUUAUUACCAAAUAAUUUUCGUGAUAUUGCUUAUUUAUGUGCAUUAAUUCUUUUACCAUAUAAUAAUAAAAAUGUUAUUGCAUGUAUUCUAUGUGCAUAUCUUGAAAUGAAUACUUUAAAUAAUUUACGAUAUGAUUUAAUUAUUAAUGAUUUAUAUAAAAAUGAAGAUGAACAAGAAGAUAAUCCAUGGAUUGAUAAAUUAACAAAAUUAAUUAUUGAAAAUGAUAAUCAAUGGUUAAGAAAAUUUUAUUUAGAAAAAAUCUAUACAAAAGAAUUUUUACAUGCUAUUGAUAUACAUGAUAAAGAGAAUAUUUUUAAUAUUGAACCAAUUAAACAAAAUUCCGAAGAUUUAUCUUCAACAAUAAUUGAAAAAAUCGAUUUAAAUCAAGUAUCAACUUUAGAUGAUUUACACUCAAAAUUAUCAUUCUAUGUAAUAAAUUAUUAUCCUAAUAAUUCAAUAAAUGAAUUAUCUUUAUUUAAUUUACUUUCAUCAUCAAAUAAUUAUCCAAAUGAUCUUCAUAUAUUAUUUUCUUGUUCAUUAAUAUCAAUUAUAAAUCGAAAUAAUUAUUCUAUAUUAAGUCUACGUUUAUUUCGUCGUUUAAUUCUUUUAAUAAAUAAUUAUUAUAUAAAUCAACAAGAUUUAUUAGAUGAUAAUCGUUAUCGUUUAAUAAUUGUUUUUCUUGUUUCAAAAUUAAUUUGUGAAGUUCAUCGACGUCGUUCAAUAUCUGAACAUGAAUGGUAUCGUUUAUAUAUUGAUAUACCAAAAGAAUAUCCAUUACCAACAUUUGAUUUAUUUGCUGAUCUUAUUUGUUUAUUAGCAACAUUAUGUUAUAAUCAUAUUGAUUGUCAAAAUCAAGUUCGACAAACAUCUGGUACAAUUGAAUCAAUUCUUUCAAUGACACAAAUUGAUCUUAAUCAACCAAAAGCUCAAGCAUGUGUUUCUUGGUUAAUUAAAUGUUUAACUGAAAAUAAUGAAGAUAAUAGAAAUUAUAUUAAACAAAUAAAAUAA